AUGUAUCAAAGUGACGUGAAGCCCACCAACCUUCUGCAUCUAUCCAGCGCGCCACAACCUGUCACGGCAGCAAUGUCUCCUGAGUCCUCCUCUACCUCCUCUACUGCAGCCUAUAUGAUCACAACCUCUUCAGCCGCCGGCCCUGGGCCCAAUUUACACUUUCCAUCACCACUGUCCACAGACUACCUACAACUCCGUGGCGUCUCUGACACCUGGCAAGCUCCACCACAGACUCCAGUGCAGCCUCCAACCUCACAACAUCACCACCAGCACGACGCAUGGGAAUCUCUCCCAACUACAACAUAUUUCUCUCAACCUCACCAAUCUCCUUCCUACACGAAGCCUCGGCGCAGUCAGAUGCCUCCAAUGGGCUGCAAACGCAGCGGAUCCGGCACCAUUACCGCCGCUAGUGGAAAGGCAGGAUUUAGAGGUCUGCGAGACGAGAGAGAGGAGAGUUGCAGAGUGAUUAAUGGCAGCAAUUCACCUAGAGACCUUGGAGGCUCUCUGGAGGGAAUGAAUGGAUCAGCUGUGACGGUGGCGGCUGCCACAAAGAAGUGCCGGGUGUGUGGGGAUCGUGCGGUUAAUCACAAUUUUGGCCAACUCACCUGUGAGUCGUGCAAGGCAUUCUUCCGCAGGAACGCUCAUAAGGUGGGUCCCUUUUGUCAAUUGAUGCUAAUAGCAUCGCUAAAUAACACUUGUGGUGCUUGA